AUGUUGCUGGCUACAGAUCCGGUACGCAAGGAUCCGCUAGACAACUCGGACACCACGGAGCGCCUCCCCAACGACGCGAAGACGUUCUUCGAAUGGAAAACACGGUUUUACGAGGAUAUCAAGGAUAAGGAUCUGCCGGCCGAUCGCCUCAUCCCUCUCGAGUCGCAGGAUACAACACAUAACAACGAAUUUGGGUUGGUGCUCACUCUCCCCAAGAUGGCCCUCCACGACCCGAGCCUCCCACUCGAGCACCUCGCCGGCUCGUUGGGUUGGAAAUUGGCCGAUGGAUUCUACGAGACAUUCAAAAGUGUCAUCGGCGACUUCACUCUACCCGGCGAGCUGGACCCGGUGGCUCGUAUUGUUUAUCGUGCCUAUGUGAACGCGCGGAACGUGUCGCAGAGCCCCACGCUGCCCCUGCCAGGGCUAUAUGGGCACAACCUGGAUCAGCUUCUAUUUCUCAACGCCGUUCAGCCAUAUUGCGCUAGCUACAGUGAUGAGGGCAGGAAGAAAGCAGCCGAAAGAAAUACCCAGCUUUACGACGACUAUUUCAACAAGGCCUUGAAAUUCUUUGAGCCCUUCCAGACGGCCUACAAGUGCCAG